AUGUCCAAGGAACUCCCUCGUCACGAGAGGCGGGCCUCAUCACCAACGCCAUACAACAGCAGCUCCGGAAACCCCUUCGAUCAGUGCGAUAUGAGCCUCAAGACGCUACUCGGCUUCAUCUCAAUCCGUGUCUUGCGCGGCGGCCCACGCCUCAUCAUCCAGCUCAUACUCGCCGCGUUUGCUCUUCUUCUUCUCGGCAAGUUCUUCACGUCCCCGGCGUCGACAGAUGCCCUCUUCAAUACCGGUUCAAAAUGGAGCUGGUCGCCGUUUGGCAAGGGUGAGGAGCAGCAGGGUGUUGGUACCGGCGGACCCGGCGGAUUGAGAGUCGUGGCAUUCGGAUCGCCAGAUAUUGCGACGCCAUCGACGGGCAAGGGAGCGAAGGGCAAGGGCAAGGGUUGGACUGAAAUGCUCUGCGAAGAGCUCCGCUGCUCCGCUCACCAAUCCUUUAUCCCCUCAACCAGCCUCCCCACACAGGCUAUGACGUCCAACAAGGAAUACAGAGACACUAUCGAAACACUCGCCUCCGGACUGAAGCAGUCCAAAGCCCCAGGUUUCAACUAUGAUUUCCUGCUUGAGCAGUUUCCCCUGUCUGAGGCCAUCGCCGACCUCAAGUCCCAGAUCGACGUCUUCCUCGCCCAGCCCCAGCCCGAGGAUCUGCCCCGCGAAACCGUCUGGGUCUUCACUUUCGGUACUUGGGACGUUUGGACGCUCGCCUCGCUGCCUCGCGACGUUGGUCAAGGCAUGAUUGACGCCGCUGUCGCGGCCCUCUUCGAACAGGUAGAGCGUGUCUACCAGGCCUCUCUUGACACCAAAUCCGUCGCCUACUCCGAAUUUUGGGCCUACCAGGACCCAUCGCUUAUCGAGAAGCUCAACGCCAUGGACAAGGGCGAGGGUGAGAUCGACCCGCGCGAGGUCGAGAACUUCCGUGUCAUUGUACCAGAGCUGUUCGACGUCUCACUGACACCCGGGUGGCACGCCCAGCGCCCUACCCCACCGAGUCCGCACACCAAGGCUGAGCAGAUGACCAACGCGGCGUAUCUCACAAGUAGAUGGAACUCCGAGGUCAAGGGUCGCAUGGAUGAGUGGAUGCGCACGGCAGACCCGCAGCCUAAAGAUAGCGAGGAUAAGGGCAAGUUUGGCUACGUCCCGCAGAGCCAGGGCGCCGAGGAUCCCAACACCACGGCUGAAGGCGAGGAUCUGCGCGUACCGUUCCCCCGUCGGGCCGCCGCGCAGGUCGAUACGGCGAGCUUCGUUAGGGAGGCCAUCAUUGAGAAGCAGAUGCGUGACUACGAGCUGACGGAUAUGAUGGGCCGCGGGAACAGGACGGACGGCGAGCAGGGCAAUGUCUUCUUCGCCGAGACGUGGAUCCCCUGUAUCUGGGCUAAGACGUCCGAGACGCCCGAGGCCGCGGGCGGGUAUGCUGUGUGUGACGCCCCUGGCGAUUAUCUCUUCCACUCGCCAUUUACCUUGAGUGAGCGCGCGGUCCGGGAGACGGCGCGGAUUGCGGCCGCCGAAACACGGAGCAGACUAGCGUUUGUGGACCACACAGAGGAGCACGAGGGCGAGGAACAAGAGCAGGAGAAGCCGGCGGCAGCGAAGACGAAGAGACAAGAGCGGAGGGACGAGCUGCGCGGGUUCCAGCGCGUGAUCCGCCCGGUCCGCGCCAUGAGGCUCGUUGAUGCCGCGUGUCCAACGCUGGACGUCUGCUGA